CGCAGAGCCGGGCUGGAGGAGGAUGGCGGAGGCGGCGGCGGCGGCGGCACCGGUGCAGAUCCGGGUGGCCGAAGCGGAGGACGCCGAGCCGCGGUGGGCGAGCCCGCCGGGCGGCGGCAGCUGCAGCGAAGACGAUUCCGGCCGGGGCUGCGGCGGUUUUGGAGGGGGCAAAUCCAGUGAGAAUGACGGGGAUGAUUCGUCCCCUGCUUGGAAGCCCCCCGAGCGCGACCUGAUCCUGAAGCUGGUGGCUCAGGUAGAAUAUUAUUUCUCCGAUGACAACCUUGAAAAAGACGCUUUCCUCCUGAAGCACAUCCGACGGAACAAGAAUGGGUACAUCAGUGUGAAGUUGCUGACUUCGUUCAAAAAGAUCAAACAGCUGACUCGGGAUUGGAGAACCACAGCUUACGCUCUCAAAUAUUCCGACCUUCUUGAGAUGAACGAAGAUGGCCGCAAAGUUCGUCGAAGCGCCCCGGUUCCCGUGUUCCCGAGCGAAAACCUCCCCAGUCGAAUGCUUCUGGUCUACGACAUCUCCCCAACUCAAGAGCGACACCCUUUGGAUGAAGGCCAGGAGAACGGAGAAGUCCGGGAGAAGGUCAUGGAGCAUCUCCUCAAGGCCUUCAUCCAGUUCGGGGUCAUCAUGUCUGUCCGGAUUCUCAAACCCGGGAGGGACCUUCCGCCGGAUAUCAAGAAGUUCAGUGGCCGUUACAGCCCGGUGGGAACUCAAGAAUGCGCCAUUGUUGAGUUCGAAGAAGUGGAAGCUGCUGUCAAAGCCCACGAGUCGUUCUGCAUCACGGACAAAGCCGCCAUGAAGGUCAUCCUCAUUGGGACGAAGCCUCCAAAGAAGAAAGUCCUGAAGGAGAAGAACCAGGAGAAAAGCUCCGCCAAGGAUCCGGCCAAGAGCCGUUCGAUGAACAGGAGAGUUGAGGAGCUUCAAGACGUAGGCGAAGACUUGUCGGCCAACAGCUCCUCGGAUCCAGAGAGCGACCCGACGUCUCCCAUGCCGAGGAGAAGCAGCUCCUCCAACAGACUGAGUCCUUCGGCCUACCCGAACCAUCACCUGAGCCCAAACGUGUCUCCGAGGUCGAGUCCCUGGAACAGCCCUUCCUCCCUGCGCAAAACGUCCAGGAUGUCUCCGUUGGCAGAGGAUGGAAGAGCCUUUCUCAGCACCAGUCCCGAGACUGGCUCCAAACGGUCAGCGGAUUACUCUUCGGACAGUAGCAUCACUCCUUCAAGCAGCCCCUGGGUUCAACGCCGCCGGCAAGCUCGGACUCUGGCCCGGGAGAAGACCCCUGUGGGUAGCCCGGAGCCCAGCGUCAAAAUAGCCGCCCCUGCUGGACUGCGCGUCGGGAUCUUGCGUUUGCCCAGGGGGCCGGAUGGAACGAAGGGCUUUCAUAACAGCCACGAACGGAGCAACGUCGCCAAGAAUGCAUAAACUCUGUUUUAGAGCGAUCCUUGGUGCUCUCUUAAGUUUGGUUGCUGUGGUAGCCCUGAUGAUGUUCCCUAGUUGGGUCAUGAAAAGUCUGCAAGAAAACCACCAAGCUCAGAGAGACUAAAGAUCCCAUAGUCUUCCUCCUCCUCCUCCUUCUCUUCUCCUCCUCCUUCUCUUCUCCUUCUCCUUUUUCUUCUUCUUCUUCCUCCUCCUCCUCCUCCUCUUCUCCUUCUCUUCUCCUUCUUCUCCUUCCUCUCCUUCUUCCUCCUUUUUCUUCUUCUUCCUCCUCUCCUCUCUUUCUCCUCCUCCUUCUCUUCUCCUCCUUCUUCUUCUCCUCCUCCUUUUUUUUUCCUCCUCCUCCUCCUCCUCCUCCUCUUCUCCUUCUCCUUCUCUUCUCCUUCUCCUUCUCCUUCUU